UCCAACGGUCGACUUUUUUGAAAUUUAUUUUGACCCUGCCGUGUGAGCAGCGCCGGCUGACUGCUGUUCUCCGGUGCAGAUCGGCAGCUGCUGCGAUUCAUGGCAGACGUCCUCCGACUGCUCCCGCUCCUGUUACUGGCCACUCUUCUCUUGCUCCUUGUCGUCUUGUUGCGCGCCUGUGUUGCUGUACGGGGUCCUCGUGGCAGACGGAGACGACAAGUGGCUGCGAACGCGACAAUGGAAAUGCGGGAGAGCUCCGCCGGACAACAGAGACGUGCGAUUGAAUUCUCCAUUCAUGAGCGGCCGGUGUCGGGCCAUCGUCCACCUGCAUAUGACCCCACGUUGUACAGUCAUCUCCCGCUGCACCAGCAACCGCUACCGCCGGAUCCGGAAGAGGAAUGGGUGGAUGAUCUGCCCCACACUCUUCCUCUGGGGAGCAGAUCUACGCAGGAGUGGAUGGAGAGGCACUGCCAGCAAAGGGAAGCGGGGACUAGUCAUCAGUCGUACUCGGCAAUGCUGGAGGAGGGAAUCGUCGGUGGCGAUACGGAGAUUGUGGACUUGGAUUCCGGCUUGUCAACCGGGACGCCUGGAGUGGGUGCGAACACUUGUGCAUCGAACCACUUGGGCGCGACGACCUUGGGGCAAACGUGUGUGGGUCGGGUGGGAGUAGCGGGGGUGGGUGGAAGAUCCUCCCGUGUGGGUGGCACAGGAGAUGGGUGUCGUCAAGCGCCCUCCAUUUGUGGAGGCGUGGGACCAGCUGGCGAUGCGCCGAGGGCAGUGUUACCCACCCGCUCCGCGACGCCUUCGCCUGCACUGCGGCAGAGGGCGGCCGCACCGGCGGCGAACACCAGCACUUCUCCACCGGAAGAAAUGGGGAGGCAGGCGUGGGCGUCCAAUCGCCAACAGAUGCGCCCAGCGACCGCUGAUAACAUAACGAAUGGGGUGUCGUGGAUGCGUGUGGGGAACGAUGCCGAUGCGGACGACACUCGGAGGGCGAGUGGUGAAGAAUCUCCAGAUUCCCAUUGCGAGGAGGAACCGGAAGAUGCGGAAGACUUGGAUAUUCGACCCGUUGGUGACCUGCAGAAGCGUCUGGUGGAGGUGGGCAUGAAGAGGACGACCGAUGACAUUGGCAAGAAGUGGGAUAACCUCUUCCAGCAGUAUAAGAAUGUGCAACGAUACCAAAACGCGUCCGGGGGGAAGAACUUCUUCAUCUUGACGCCUGCGUUGAGAACAGAAGAGGGAUUCAGCUUCCGAAUGGAUGAGCGAGUGUACCUUGAGAUCGACAACAUGUCUCAAGGCAAUAAGACCAUCUACCUGGAUAACCUCCCCGACACGAGCGCCCGGGGAGCAGUGCAGAUGCCGGGGGACUCUCAACGCCAGCCAUCCAUUGCAGGUGAAUCCAGUGUCGGGGGAGAUGUGGGUGAUGGCAACGACGAAGAUGGGGGGUCGGCGCGGAAGUCCGGGUUCAGUGCAGGCAGCACAGGCGGCGCUGGCAAGAGAAAGAACAUGCGUCAACAAACUUUUGACGCCAUCGCCGAAGUGAUGGAGAAGCAUGCUGCAUUGAUGGCGGACACUGUAGAGGGGGCAAGCAAGCGACAAUGUAGCAUCCUGGAGCGCCAGUGCGACAUACUCGAGCGCGAGAUCGACGCCCAGAAGCGGCACUACGAGGCGUCUGACGAGGCGAACAGGAUGAUGUGCACUGUGUUGUUGGAGAUCGCUAAAGCAAUAAGGGAGAGGUCGUGACGCCGUCUGAAGUCCUGCAUCUGUGUACAUUCUUCCUCAGUCGGUCGUCAUGUGAAUGCAUGUCCUAACGCUACACCCCUCGCUCG